CGACAACGCCUUCACAUACCCUCAAUCUUCAUUUUCCUAUAUCACCACCAAACCUUUGUCUUUUUUUAUCGUUUUUACAGCAAUGUCUUCGUCAGAAGCUCCUCUAUCUGCUGUUGCGCGAUGGAUCGAUCCAGAGACGCAUUUGCCUAUCUUUCCGCGGCAUAAUGUUAAGAGUCUUGAGCGCCGCACCGUCGCAGCGGCUGAGUUAUUUCAAGAAGGAUACUAUAAGAGUAUCACGGCUGCAGCAAAAGCCCUCGAAGUCGUGAGACGAGCUUCAGGCCGGCAGCAGCUAUCCUACGAAGCUGAUGGGGUUAAGAUCACAGAGGAAUAUAACUAUGGCCUCCCUGAGGUUGAAUUUGGCAUCAAACUCGAAGGCGCCGGCGAGGGCAUCAGCGAGGGCAUCAGCGACGGCGAGGGCAUCAGCAGCUAGGCCAAAAGCGCGUGUUACAGUGUUUUUUGUUGCGAUAGUUAGCGGUACAGCGUCUUGUUAUAAAAAUAAAAAAUUUAUUCAAUUAAACAGAGAUACUUUAAUUUGUAUGGAGUUUCCUAUAUAAAAUGAUGUAUCUUAUUUUUUGCAAAUCAA